AUGCCUCCUCAAGGCUCACAAGAGCCUGCAAACUCCUCUACCCCUCCCCAUUCAAUACCUUUACGAGAUCUCGCCCGCCCGCCGGAUUCAGUAGACCUGGGAGAUGGCCGGAGGCAACACAAUCGGGGGAGGAGUCUUUUGGGCGGCGGCUCACGUCCUACAAGUGUUCAGAACAGCGGUCGAUAUGAGAGACUAGGCAAUACGUCUCCCAGUCCUACUACUAGAGCCACCUAUCGCGCUGGUGGUGUACCUCCGCUAGACAUGAACGCAGAUAGACUUGCCCGACCCUUUGAAGAAAUUGAGACUCCUACAUCUCCAGUUGGAAAUCCUGCAGAUUUUCAAGCCGCGAUGGGUUUUGCGGGCCUCCUUGUGCCAGACAUCAGCGUAUCUCAUGCUCCCCAAAGGUCGGAUUCUCCAUAUGGAUCUAGAGAUUUUGAUGGAGUGUCUCCUUAUGGUGAUCCUGGAGAUGACCAUAGGGGAUACUUUGCAUCAGAGUCGGAUAGUAUACCUCUGACCGACCCAAAUCACCUACAACCAGUCAGUGGAACAGAAGCUUACUCUUCCGGAGGCCAACGACAUGACAGAUCCGGAAGCUUUCAUAGCGUCAAUUUUGAUACGCCGGGACCUUCGAGACAUAGAAGCUCUAGACUUGGAGAUGAGCUUGGAGAGUCAGAAAAUGGACUUUCACCUCAUGGCGGCCGUUCGAGAUCCCAUAGCUAUGGUGCUUCAUUAAGCCCUGAUGGACGGACGAGAUCCCGGUCACCAUCAACUACUUCCGGUGCUUUUAUCAGAGCAAGCUCACAAAUUGUAAGAGCCAUGUCGCAGCGUGUUGUCAACAUCAGCGGUGAAGCAGAGUUCAUUGAAGACAUGAGUGCUCGUCGGGAAGCACGCCGAGAGAGGCAGGCAUCAAGACAGCCUAGUCUUCAUAGCUUGUCAAGUCUUAGUGACGAAUCUGAGUCCAGAUUCCAGCCGAAGCAUAAGGCAGAUCCAUUAGGCGCACGACCAAAUCAUAGAGCCAACCUCCCAACAGCACCGGUUGAAAAGGCCAUGCGAUUUGUAGGAGGAGCUCAUCCAGAAUCGUCUUGGGAAGAAGAGGAACCAGAAAGCCCACCAAAUCCUCUCAAGGGCAAUUCACUGCGAUUUUUCUCUCCUGAGAGCCGAGUGAGGAACAAGUUAUGUGACUUACUAGUAUAUCCUCUGACAGAACCCAUUAUUUUGAUUCUCAUCAUGGUUCAGACCAUUGUCCUUGCCGUCGACUCGUCGAGAAAUGUCUUUCAACACCCUCGAAACAAGAAAUGGGGCUCAAGUUGGAUUGACAAUGCGUUAUUUGUGCUGUUCAUCAUCUUCACAUUGGAACUUGCUGCUCGCAUUAUCGUCUCUGGAUUUAUCAUGAAUGCGCCGGAGUACAGCACAAUCGCCCAUAGACGGGGUGUGAGGGCUGUCGUUGUGGACAAAUAUCGUCAGGUCUUCGCACCCCAACGGCAGUCAUCUAUCCGAGAGUCUCGGCCUUCACCUGCUGUCAGUGCUCCUACCGUACUUCGCUCUUUCACUCAAAUGCAAUCAGAACAGAUUAGAACCGUGGAGCAGGCCCAACGUCUUCAAUUAGCCAGACGUGCAUUCCUACGACAUGGCUUCAAUCGACUAGAUUUUGUGGCGGUCGUAGCAUUCUGGAUCGCUUUUAUUCUUUCAAUUUCUCAGGUAGAGCAUCACCAGCACCUGUAUCUUUUCCGGAUGUUGAGUUGCUUGCGAAUCCUACGACUUCUAGCUCUUACCAAUGGCACUGCGAUCAUUCUUAGAAGUUUGAAAAAGGCAGCACCCUUGCUAGUCAAUGUGUCGUUCCUAAUUGGCUUCUUCUGGCUCCUAUUUGCUAUCAUUGGCGUACAGAGCUUCAAAUCUAGUUUUGAUCGCCAGUGUGUUUGGGUCGACCCAACCGACCCUUUCAACACGACCGGCUCAGCAUAUAUCCAAGUCUCACAAUAUUGUGGAGGUCAAUUCAACCUUGAAAACGGAACUCAUGAUUCCUGGAGAUAUGGCCCUAUAGAUAGCCGAAACUCCGUCCACGAUCUCAAACUUGGUACAAGUUCUAAAGGUUAUUUGUGCCCAAGGGGCUCAUACUGCCUUCAGCUUAGGCCCGAACAACUCCCAUAUAACGGAACAGUCACCUUUGAUAAUAUUUUCCAGUCGUUGGAGUUGGUCUUUGUUGUAAUGACAGCAAAUACAUUUACAGAUCUUAUGUAUUACGCCACCGACUCAGACUAUCUGGCGGCCGCGCUGUUCUUUGCUGGUGGUAUCAUGAUAAUGAUGUUGUGGCUUCUCAACUUGUUGAUUGCAGUCAUCACGUCUUCUUUUCAGGUUAUACGGGAAGAGGGUAAAGCUUCUGCGUUUGCUGCCCAUGUAAAGAAUAUGCUACCAGCUCAGGACGCCCCAUUACCUCGACGUCUUUCAUCCUUGAAGGUUUCAUUUGAUAAGACUUAUUGGUUCUGGAUUAUCGUGAUUGCUUUUGACCUUACGUGCCAAGCAUUGCGCUCUGCUCGCAUGUCGCCUUCUCGCGGAAAAUUCAUCGACGACACUGAAGUCGUUGUGACACUAAUCCUCUUGGUUGAAAUAGUCAUUCGAUUCGUCGUUGACUGGCGAGGUUUUACAAGGGAUAGGAUAAAUUGGAUCGACCUGGUACUCGCUAUCGUCACAUCAGUCAUCCUAAUACCCGCCAUUCGCAACUCUGGACAGCCUUAUGCUUGGCUCACGGUUUUUCAGAUACUCAGGAUUUACCGCGUUAUUAUAGCAGUUCCUGUUACCCGCUCGCUGAUCAGUCUUGUCCUUGGAAACGCUAGCGGUAUAGGCAAUCUUAUGCUAUUCGUCUUUUUGAUAACUUUCCUCAUUUCCAUAUUCGCCGUACAAUUGUUUCGCGGCGAGAUACCGGCGGAGGAUGCGUACGGAAACGUCAUACGAACUCCCUUCUUCACCAUAUAUAAUGCCUUUCUCGGCAUGUAUCAGAUUUUGUCAAGCGAGAACUGGACGAACAUUCUUUAUGUUGUCACUUCCUAUGAAGAUUCCCGUAACAUGGCAUGGGUUGGUUCCGUAUUCUUUAUUGGAUGGUUCAUCCUCGCGAAUUUCAUCCUGGUAAAUAUGUUCAUAGCUGUCAUCCAGGAAAAUUUCGAUGUCUCCGAAGAUGAAAAACGAAUGCAUCAGGUCAAGGCCUUCUUAAGCAGGAGGGAGCUAGGCAGCUCUUCUAACAACUUGUCGUUAUCUGCAAUAUUUCGCUUUGGUCGUUCUAGAGCUACCAAGGACCCUUUAGACUAUGGUCCCGCAACGAUGGAAAUGCUCUUGAAAGACGCUGUGGUGAAGGAUUUCCUCGACGAUGAGAUUGGCCCGCCACAGCCAGCUACAGCAAAUGCAGCGACCCCUCCUACCGACUUCCCUGUUGUCAUUCUCCCAGGCAUAUUAUCACGCACCUGGGGCAAGAUCAAAGGAGGCAUUUGGGGUCGAGAGCCGAAUCCAUUCUAUUCGAAUAUACAGUUGUCAAACCGCCUCGACGAGACAAUUGAUGCUAGCACUAUGGCUAAGGAAGCUGUUUCGGCAACAUCGCAACGAAAAAAGGCCCAACGAGAAUAUUUGGUGCGACACCCGAAUUACAACAACGCCAUGUUUAUAUUCAGACCUAGGAAUCCAAUUCGGAAGUUUUGUCAGCGAAUCGUUGGGCCAGGUCGUGGGGGUGAACGAAUUGAUGGCCUGGAGCCGAACAGGGCCGUCUGGUAUGUUUUCUCCGCCAUCAUAUACGCAGCCAUCGUCGCCAUGGUUUUACUUGCUUGCAUCACCACCCCGCUCUACCAGCGAGAAUAUUUCUUGAAGCAUAAAUUCAGUGUUAAAAACUGGUUCGUCUGGACUGAUAUGGCCUUCACUAUCAUUUUUACAGUCGAGGCCCUUAUCAAGGUAGUUGCAGACGGUUUCUUUUGGACCCCGAAUGCUUACUUUAGAAGCACUUGGGGUUUGAUCGAUGGGAUUGUCUUGAUCACAUUUUGGGUCAGUGUUAUCACCUCAUUAACGAACGAUGGUGCCGUAUCGAGAGCGGUAGGAGCAGUCAAAGCCCUACGUGCACUGAGAUUACUCAAUGUCAGCGAUAGCGCCAGGGACACAUUCCAUUCUUUGAUAAUUGUUGGUGGAUGGAAGGUCAUUUCGGCUGGCUUUGUCUCGAUAUCCCUGUUGAUCCCAUUUGCCAUUUAUGGUUUGAAUCUUUUCAACGGGCAAAUGCAAUCAUGCAAUGACUCCAACGCUCCAGACUUUCUCUCGGACUGUUUUGGGGAGUGGAGUGCCACGCCCGCCAGUAACUCAUGGCCAUUACUAGCCCCUAGGGUUGUGUCAAAUUCGUACUUUGACUUUGAUAAUUUUGGGGGCUCUCUAUUGAUCCUUUUUCAAAUCGUCUCACAAGAAGGAUGGGUAGAUGUGAUGUGGGCUGCUCAGUCAAUCACAGGCCGGGGAUUUCAACCUCAGAAUUUCGCAUCUCAAGGGAAUUCCGUCUUCUUUAUCAUCUUCAACCUUCUCGCCACAGUCUUCGUUCUCACUUUAUUCAUUUCUGUGUUCAUGCGAAAUUACACAGAGCAGACAGGGGUGGCAUUUCUUACUGCAGACCAACGGUCCUGGCUAGAAUUACGCAAACUUCUCAGACAAGUAUCGCCGUCGAAACGGCCUUCGAGCACGGGUGGUACUAAAAUGAAAGCCUGGUGCUAUAAAAGAGCUGUUAGGAAACAUGGUCGAUGGCAACAAGCGAUGACAAUAGUUCUCGUUCUUCACCUUAUUCUGUUGCUGGUAGAAUAUUACCCAGAACCAGAAUGGUGGGACAGGAGCAGAGACUACAUAUUCAUUGCUUUUACAAUGUUUUACCUGGCAAAUGUCAUCGUACGGAUCAUUGGACUCAGCUGGGCAAGAUUUCGGCGCAGCUCAUGGGAUCUGUUCUCACUCUUCGCUGUCUCCGGAACACUCAUCUCUUCAAUCCUAGUCUUGACUAAAGAGACAUCCCUUGUUUACGUUCAACUCCACAAGAUGUUCUUGGUAUCAAUUGUCCUCCUCUUAAUACCACGCAAUGAUGCAUUGGAUCAACUUUUCAAGACAGCGGCAGCUAGUUUGGCAGUUAUUGGCAAUCUUCUCGCCACCUGGUUUGUGUUCUUCCUGGUCUUCGCCAUCGCCAUGACACAAACUUUUGGACUUACCCGUUUCGGAAACGAAGAAAAUAACAAUAUUAACUUCAGAACAGUGCCUAAGGCUCUAAUCUUACUCUUUCGGAUGAGUUGUGGUGAAGGCUGGAACCAGAUCAUGUCAGAUUAUGCCUCCAUUCAACCACCACUUUGUGUCAUCGGCGAGGACUUCUUCAGAAGUGAUUGUGGCAGCGAAUCGUGGGCUAGAGCUCUAUUCAUUCUCUGGAAUAUUCUUAGCAUGUAUAUCUUCACCAGCUUGUUCGUGUCGCUCAUAUACGAGAGCUUCAGUUACGUAUACCAACAUUCGAGCGGGCUCGGGAAAGUGAGCAGAGAAGAGAUUCGACGUUUCAAACAGGCAUGGGCGAUAUUGGACCCCGAUGGAACUGGUUUUAUAACCAAAGAAGCCUUUCCUCGCCUUCUAGGCGAGCUUUCUGGUGUCUUCGAAAUGCGAAUAUACAGCCAUGAAAACUCGGUGCGCAGGAUUUUGGAAGACAUACAAUCACAGCCAACCAGUGGCAGAAUCAACUCAAUGACAACACCUAGUGGGGCUAGUGGCGUGGACUUGAAAGCUUUGAACAAGAGACUGGCCGAAAUCGACCCAAAACAGGUCAGACUCUCGAGAGCUCGGUACAAUCUUUUCUUCGAAGAAGUCAUGGUCUCUGCCGAUGUUGACCGAGGAAUAUCGUUCACCACCGUCCUCAUGAUCUUAGCCCAUUAUAACGUUAUCAGCGAUAACAAGAGUUUAAAGCUUGAAGAAUUUUUACGUCGCCGGGCACGCUUACAGCGAGUAGAGGAAGAGGUCCGCAGGCGCAUUGUCCUCGGCUUCUUCGAUACUAUGUACUGGUCUAGGAGGUUCAGGAAGCAUCUUGAGAAGAAGCGAUCUGGACGCAUGACAGAUAUUCCGCAACUUGGUCCAGAGGUCUAUGUCGAUGAUGAGGACGACAUUGGGAAACAACCGAGGAAGACAGUAUCACCUCUAUUGUCGCCAAUGGAUAUCAGCGGCCCUCGCAGUUCCUUCAUCACCCAUGGACUUGAUGCUGUUGGCCCAGCACCACAGCCGACACCUAACUUUUACGGCGGCCCCCCUUCGCCCAGCAGAAUACCUCCACAGCUCUCACCCCACCGAGCAACGAAUUCGGCUUUCAGCUUGGAGAGCGGAGAUCCUGCUGGUGGAGCAUCUGCAGGGAGCAGCAGGCGCGGCAGCAAUGUCAGUGCCGAAAACGUGCUCGAAGUUCUUGAUAAUUCGGCUUGGGGGGAGAGUAUCAGGCGCAGUUUCACAAUGAGACGACCACAAGCAAACCGUAGGGGAACAGGUUCUUAA